GAAAAUGAGACAACAUAUGAUGUGCGGCUAUGCGCUCUUGCCUCGCCAACAUAUUUGGAAUUAGGUUUUCUUCAAAAUCCCAAACCCUACAAAAACCCAUUUUUUUGCUUGAUUUUGAUUGAACAUCAAAUGGAACAACCGUCAAUCCCAAUUGGUACCCCAUCGAAGGACAAACCCUCCAGGAAGAAGCCCCCAACCCCUCAAGAACUCAUAUCCCAUUACCAAUCUCAAGGCCUCGACUCUCAAGAAGCAUCCGUCAAGGUCAUUGAAGAUCUCCAGAAUGUCCUCUUCAAGGUUAUCUCUGCUAAUAAUAAGAACAAGAAGGACAAAUUCAUGGCUGAGGCAUCAAGAAAAGUCGAUGUGGUUAACAACAGAGUCGCUCUUCUCGACAUGAAGCUGGACUCGAAGCCUGGGUAUGUUGAGACUUUCGCUAUUGGUAUUGCUUCUGGAGCUGCUUUCAGAGGAAUUGAAUGUGUCUGGCCUCAUGUUGUUGGCGGUAUUUCCCAGAUUUGGGCUGCUGCUAGGAGUGUCACUAAGCCUCCUCAUUCUUCUUGAUUAAAUGAAUGUAUUUUUCUUUUCUAAAACGAAUGGAAUUGGGUGCUCCUGAAUUGUUUAAGGACUUUUUUCUGAUAAUGAUGUGUUGUUCAGAUGCUAAUCUUUCAAGAUUUUUUGGUGUUUAAAA